ACACUAUUGGUUGUCCACCACUAUUGGGUGAACGCUAUUAUGAACAACAAUAACAACGAGAACGACGUGUUUAUGGCGGCCUUCGAGCCGCUGGCCGUCGGCCGCAAGAGUGGCAAAAGGAGAUCAUCGAUCCUGAAGACCAUUGAAGCCAAUUACUGCGGCGAAGAGCGCCGCGCGUCCCGACGGAUCAGUUGGGCCCCCACUUACCAAUACAAAGAGCUCUUAGCCGACGGAACCGCUGUAAUCAAGUGUCAAGAGUUGAAUAGUCUUAAGGUGGAGGAUGUGGUGUCGCCGCCGUCGGAGGCCAUCGAUCCGCCCGUCGAGCAGAAUGUCAUCAAAAGCUCAGAUUUUAUCAAUCGAUUGAAAGCCAAAUCCAAAGACAGGUCUGUUGUGACGGGAGAGCCGUCAUCGGCGGCGGCGGCGCCAACGCUGCCCGAAGAGGAGGCCCCGACUCAAGACUGUUCGCGACCCAAACGCAGCCGUAAGGGCAGCAGCAAAGGUCUGUCCAAGUAUUUGGCCAAACACUACGACACGGCUGUGGAGGACGACGUCGAGACAGUGUUCAACACC